AAACAAUAGGCUACAGACAAACACGACAGCUAUGCCCUGGCGUGGAGAGAGCACGUAAAAACCCCCUCCUUUCUGCCUCCGUUAUCAGGAAAAGCCUGAGUGAGAGAGUCAGCAAAAGGCGGGUCCUUUCUCCUCGUCUGCUCUACAGUUCGUCCUCGCUCCAGUACAGGGUCAAAGUCUGAGCCAAAGCAGCAAAGCAACAAACGACAGCGCGUAUCAUAAAAGCCAGCAGCGUUUCACAGCAACUAAACCCAGCAAAACUUCCCAUAUCGAUGGAGAAGUGCCUGAAAUACUCGCUUUUGUUCCUGGUUUUAACGUUUUUCCUGGCUGAUGCGGAGUGGGCCAUCGCUCCCAGAAAACUGUUAGAGAACUAUGACUACAGGAGAGAACCCUACAUUGCCAGGAUUCGCUCUGAUAAAGAAAAUUUCACUAAAAUCCUUUAUUCGCUCGAAGGCCCCGGUGUCAACCUGGAGCCGAAAAAUAGAUUUGGCAUCAAUUCUGAGACGGGAGACGUCAAAAUCUUUGUGAUUUUGGACCGAGAGGAAAUCGCCUCCUAUGACUUGAAAGGCGUGGCGACGUUUAUGAAUGGAAGCCGCGCUGAGAAGGACAUCCCGCUCGUGAUCAAAGUUCUGGAUGAGAACGAUUGCGCUCCUGUGGUCAAACUACAGACCGGCUCCGUCAAGGAAUCGAGCGCAGCUGGCACCUUUGUGAUGAAAGUGAUCGCCACCGACGCGGAUGAAGAAAACACCGUCUACUCACAGAUCGCUUACAGCAUCGUGAGGUCGAGCUCCUCCAGCAUGUUCUCCAUAAACGCACAAACGGGAGAGAUCAUGGUGUCCAGGAACACACUGGACAGAGAGACUCAAGACAUUUACAAGCUCAUGAUACAAGUUGCAGAUUUGAACGGCUACCCUGGAGGAAACGUGAGAACGGGCGAAAUCGAGAUCAAAAUCCUGGACAUAAACGACAAUAUUCCCACUCUGGAAAAAGAGUUUUACGAGGGAAGCGUGGAGGAAAAUACAGUGAACGUGGAAGUGAUGAGGAUUCAAGCAAUAGACCUGGACUUGCAGUACUCUGAGAACUGGAUGGCCGUUUAUGAAAUAACCGACGGAAACCAAGCCGGUUAUUUCACCAUCACCACGGACCCUAAAACAAACGAGGGAGUGAUCAUGAUUACGAAGUCCGUUGACUACGAGGAACUCAAAGUCGUCAACCUGGAGGUGUCUGUGCGUAACAAGGCGGCGUAUGCGUUUGGCAGUUCAGGGGGAGGAGGCUUCGUGGCGAAAGGAUACCCCAUAAAAAUCAACGUGGUCAACCAGAAAGAAGGCCCCCGAUUCCAGCCGAGCGUCAAAGUCGUGACACUUUCAGAAGACCGCACUCAAGUCACGCUCAACUCCAUCAUCAGCACGUACGCCGCCAUAGACACGGACACGGGGCUGACGGCUACGAACGUCAGGUACGCAAAGAUCUACGAUGAAGACAACUGGCUGAUCAUCGAUGAAAAAACAGCUGAUAUUAGGCUGAAUAAGUUGCCAGAUCGAGAGUCCAUCCAUUUGAUCAAUGGAACCUACUACGCUAAAAUUAUCUGCAUCACAAAUGAUUCUCCCGCCAAAACCGCCACGGGCACCAUCGCGAUCCAAGUGGAGGACUUCAACGACAACUGCCCGAAGCUGAUCUCCACCACGCAGACCAUGUGUUUGGAGGACACGUCCGUUUACGCCACCGCCGUCGACGUAGAUAAAUUUCCAAACUCUGCCCCGUUUGAGUUCAAGAUCGUCGAAUCUAAAACUACAGGAGGGAAAUGGACAAUCGAGCCUCUCAACGAAACUUCCGUCAUUCUGCGAGAAACCUCCAACCUGUGGCCGGGCACCUACAGAGUCGCCCUGGAGAUUAAAGACCAGCAGGGCAAAGACUGUGGAGAGGCGGAGGUGAUGGAUGUGAUCGUCUGCGCGUGUGAGAAAAACGUUAAAACCUGCCGACCCCGAUCCACCAAGACUGUGGAGUUUGGGCCGUCGGGGAUCCUCAUGCUGCUGCUCGGGCUGCUCCUUCUUCUACUGCUUCCUCUGCUGCUUCUCUUCUGUCUGUGCGGAGGGGCGUCUGCUCUGGGGGAUUUUAAGGCCCUUCCAUUUGAAACGAAACAACAGCUCAUUUCAUACCACACCGAGGGACAAGGAGAGGACAAGGAAGUGCCUCUCCUCAUCGCCCCCAUGGAGGUCGACGGAGGUCCCGGGCCGGUCACUAAAGACAUAAACUACCUGAGCGGAGGUGCAGCGAUGGGCGGAGGAGGAGCAGCGGCAGGAGGAGGGUUUGGAGGAGGCCUUCACUCCACCUGGACGGAGAACAUGGACCAUUUUAACCAGUACAGUUACUUGAACAGACACGGACAUCAUGGUUUCUCACAGGGCGGGACGCUGACGGGACACGAUCACUACCUGACCCAAAGCAGAGGAGCGUUUGACGGGAUGGCGCUCUCCGAAGGCUUCCUGGGAGAGUAUUAUUUAAAUAAAGCCAGCCACGAAUCGCAGCAAAACCAACAAAAAGACGCCUUCCUGGUGUACGAUUACGAGGGGCGGGCGUCCCGGGCGGGCUCGGUGGGCUGCUGCAGUCUCCUGGAGAAAGACGACGACCUCUCCUUCCUCGACGACCUCGGACCCAAGUUCAAAAAGCUCGCCGAAAUCUGCCAGGGGUCUGCGAUCGUGACCGACACCGUGGACUCCGGCGUCUCCUUCCCCGCCCCCAAACCUCCCGCGCCGCUGGUCAUCCCCUCCACGCACACCCACGUCCACACGCACAGCGAAACCGUCCGCGACAGGGAGCGGGACAGCGUCAACGUCAACUCCGCCCACACCAACGUGAAUUCCACCCACGUGACCUCGUCCGGUUCCUCCACCCUGAUCCGGGAGCGUCACACGGAAAGGAAUCAGCCGAACGUCCACGUGCAGGUGCCGACUCAGACCUUACUCAUCCAGCAGCCCGCGGCGAUGUACUACGCCGCCACGCCCAUGUACGUGAUGGAGUCUAAGCCGCAGAUGGUGCUGGUGGCGGGGGGCGCUCAGCAAGCAGUGGCGCCGGUGGGGCAGGUCGCUGUAGGUCAAAUGGGGCAGAUGGGGUUGACUCAAGGGUUGGUGCAGGUGGGCGGGUUGCAGGGCUCUCAAGGUGUGGUUCUGGGAGUAGCGUCGGGAGCGGCGGCGGCGGCGGCGGGUCAAGCUAGCGCCGUGAGGUCGCAGCAGCAGCAGGUGAUCGUGGUGGAGGAGGGAGGGGUGAGAGAGCAAGGUGCACAAAGCGUUAUUCACUCCCGUCAUGGGUCGUCGGGUCAGGGCUUAGAGGUCAUAGGUCAGGGGUCAGCGAGUUUUCAGCGCGUGGUGGGCGGUGUGUCGGGUUCCACGGGGUCGAUGGAGGAUUUAGAGCUGCCGGCGAUGCCCAAAGCUCAGGGAGGUCAGAGAGUCGUUGUGCAACAUAAGAAAGUCUUGGUCACUGAAUCUAGAGAAUCCAGGGCGUAGCGUAGCCUAGCGUAGCGUAGCCUAGCAUAGCGCGCCCUCUGUUUUUGCUGUAUUCACAAAGUCUGUCUGCCACAAUGUGUUACAAUAUUUUAAAACAGUGACUCUCAAACCUCCUGUUUCACCGAAGAAAAGAUCUGACGUUUCCAAAUACCACAAAUAGAUCCAAACCGGGUCUAUAACGGGACUAUUUCAAGGUCUAAUCUAGCGCUAAACCAGUUCUAAACCUGGACUACAACAUUCCCACUGCAGUUCUGCGCAAAAAAAAAUCCAAACGAGGAACAAAAAGUGGAUAAAAUGAACUUUAAAACAGGCAAACACGUGUACCACAGUUUGAGAAGCACUGUUUUUACUUCACUGCUGUGCUCCAUGAAUUACACGUUCAUUGUUGCCAUUAUUUGUGGGUUUUUUUUGUUUUUUGUUCGUGCGUUUUUGCAGCCUUGAGAUUAGCUUUGCAGUUUUGGUGUUUCAGUAGAAGUUAAUGAUUAAGAUUUCGGUUUUAAAGUCUGUAAACAUUAACUAACUGUGUGCCCAGAUACGAGGUUGACGCGCUCAAAUGUUCAAAUGUUCAAAUGUUCAAAUCAAAUGUGGCUUUUACUGUUAGCAAAUGUAAUGCUGGUGAUUUUAAUCCUUUUUAAAACCUACUCAGCUCCGUUAAGAACAUUUAAGACGCUCAGACUGUGCAGCGUUUGUUCCUCGUGAUGAAUCUGUUUGACUAAAACACUGUGUUUACUGUCCUCACUGUGGAGAAACGCCCACAUAAACACCAGGCCAAACCAGUCAGACCUACAGCACGACAGGAUAAUUACCCCGAGUGAACCGCCACCCCCUGUCCCCUCGUGCCCUUUGACCUCUCACACGGACACAAAACUUUGAGAUCUCACAGCCGGUAUAUCCGUUAGACCUCUCAGAUACCCUAAACCUCCUUUGACCUUUCACACCGUCAUAAACCUUUGACCUUCCACACUCUCAUAAACCUUUGACCUUCCACACUCUCAUAAACCUUUGACCUUUCAUACUCUCCGUAAACCUUUGACCUCUCAG